AUGGAGGUGCAGUUAGGGCUGGGGAGGGUCUAUCCUCGGCCGCCGUCCAAGACCUACCGAGGAGCUUUCCAGAAUCUGUUCCAGAGCGUGCGCGAAGUGAUCCAGAACCCGGGCACCAGGCACCCAGAGGCCGCGAGCGCAGCACCUCCAGGUGCCAGUUUGCAGCAGCAGCAACAGACUAGCCCCCGGCAGCAGCAGCAGGGUGAGGAUGGUUCUCCUCAAGCCCAUGGUAGAGGCCCCAGAGGCUACCUGGCCCUGGAUGAGGAACGGCAGCAUUCACAGCCGCAGUCAGCGCCAGAGUGCCACCCUGAGAGAGGUUGUGUCCCAGAGCCUGGAGUCGCCGUUGCCGCCGGCAAGGGGCUGCCGCAGCAGCUGCCAGCACCUCCGGACGAGGAUGACUCAGCUGCCCCAUCCACGUUGUCCCUGCUGGGCCCCACUUUCCCCAGCUUAAGCAGCUGCUCCGCCGACCUUAAAGACAUCCUGAACGAGGCCAGCACCAUGCAACUCCUUCAGCAACAGCAGCAGGAAGCAGUAUCCGAAGGUAGCAGCAGCGGGAGAGCGAGGGAGGCCUCGGGGGCUCCCACUUCCUCCAAGGACAAUUACUUAGGGGGCACUUCGACCAUCUCUGACAGCGCCAAGGAGUUGUGUAAGGCAGUGUCGGUGUCCAUGGGCUUGGGUGUGGAGGCACUGGAGCAUCUGAGUCCUGGGGAUCAGCUUCGGGGGGAUUGCAUGUACGCCUCAGUUCUGGGAGUUCCACCCGCUGUGCGUCCCACUCCUUGUACCCCAUUGGCCGAAUGCAAAGGUUCUCUGCUGGACGACAGCGCAGGCAAGAGCACUGAAGAUACUGCUGAGUAUUCCCCUUUCAAGGGAGGUUACACCAAAGGACUAGAAGGCGAGAGCCUGGGCUGCUCUGGCAGCGGUGCAGCAGGGAGCUCCGGGACACUUGAACUGCCAUCCGCUCUGUCACUCUACAAGUCCGGAGCACUGGAUGAGGCAGCCGCCUACCAAAGUCGCGACUACUACAACUUUCCGCUGGCUCUGGCCGGGCCGCCGCCCCCUCCGCCGCCUCCCCAUCCCCACGCUCGAAUCAAGCUGGAGAACCCGCUGGACUACGGCAGCGCUUGGGCGGCUGCAGCGGCGCAGUGCCGCUAUGGAGACCUGGCGAGCCUGCAUGGCGCGGGUGCAGCGGGAUCCGGCUCUGGGUCACCCUCAGCCGCCGCUUCCUCAUCCUGGCACACUCUCUUCACAGCCGAAGAAGGCCAGUUGUAUGGGCCGUGUGGUGGGGGCGGCGGCGGCGGCGGCGGCGGCGGCGGCGGCGGCGGCGGCGGAGGAGGAGGAGGAGCAGGCGAGGCAGGAGCUGUAGCCCCCUAUGGCUACACUCGGCCGCCUCAGGGGCUGGCGAGCCAGGAAGGCGACUUCCCUGCACCCGAUGUGUGGUACCCUGGCGGCGUGGUGAGCAGAGUGCCCUAUCCCAGUCCCAGUUGUGUCAAAAGCGAGAUGGGCCCCUGGAUGGAUAGCUACUCCGGACCUUACGGGGACAUGCGUUUGGAGACUGCCAGAGACCACGUUUUGCCCAUUGACUAUUACUUUCCACCCCAGAAGACCUGCCUGAUCUGUGGAGAUGAAGCUUCUGGGUGUCACUAUGGAGCUCUCACAUGUGGAAGCUGCAAAGUCUUCUUUAAAAGAGCCGCUGAAGGGAAACAGAAGUACCUGUGUGCCAGCAGAAAUGAUUGCACCAUUGAUAAAUUCCGAAGGAAAAAUUGUCCAUCUUGUCGUCUUCGAAAAUGUUACGAAGCAGGGAUGACUCUGGGAGCCCGGAAGCUGAAGAAACUUGGUAAUCUUAAGCUACAGGAGGAAGGAGAGGCUUCCAGCACCACUAGCCCCAAUGAGGAGACAACCCAGAAGCUGACAGUGUCACACAUUGAAGGCUAUGAAUGUCAGCCCAUCUUUCUGAAUGUCCUGGAAGCCAUUGAGCCAGGUGUGGUGUGUGCUGGACACGACAACAACCAACCCGACUCCUUUGCAGCCUUGCUGUCUAGCCUCAAUGAACUGGGAGAGAGACAGCUUGUACAUGUGGUCAAGUGGGCCAAGGCCUUGCCUGGCUUCCGCAACUUACACGUGGACGACCAGAUGGCUGUCAUUCAGUACUCCUGGAUGGGGCUCAUGGUGUUUGCCAUGGGCUGGCGGUCCUUCACCAAUGUCAAUUCCAGGAUGCUCUACUUCGCUCCUGAUCUGGUUUUCAAUGAGUACCGCAUGCACAAGUCCCGGAUGUACAGCCAGUGUGUCCGAAUGAGGCACCUCUCUCAAGAGUUUGGAUGGCUCCAAAUCACCCCCCAGGAAUUCCUGUGCAUGAAAGCACUGCUACUCUUCAGCAUUAUUCCAGUGGAUGGGCUGAAAAAUCAAAAAUUCUUUGAUGAACUUCGAAUGAACUACAUCAAGGAACUCGAUCGUAUCAUUGCAUGCAAAAGAAAAAAUCCCACAUCCUGCUCAAGGCGCUUCUACCAGCUCACCAAGCUCCUGGACUCUGUGCAGCCUAUUGCGAGAGAGCUGCAUCAGUUCACUUUUGACCUGCUAAUCAAGUCACACAUGGUGAGCGUGGACUUUCCAGAAAUGAUGGCAGAGAUCAUCUCUGUGCAAGUGCCCAAGAUCCUUUCUGGGAAAGUCAAGCCUAUCUAUUUCCACACCCAGUGA